GACAAAUCGAUAGCUCUAUACAUAGGUAUCAUGUCAAAUCAUGUCUGUCACCUCAUUCUAUACUUGACCGACAAACUUGAAAACCUCAAACUGCAUUCGAUGUCCAAGAUGUCCAAGAUGCCAUCAAACAUCGACGGUGCAUCAAACCAUUACCAGGUCGAGUCGCCUUAAAUCGGGAUGAAUACAGAGAUAGUUCUUGAUAGCCCCUGUUUACCGUCAUGUCAUGAUGACCUUCUGUCACGACAUAAAGCGUGACAAGCUCGGCCUGGAUUCAUGUCCAAGAUGUCACCGUUAGUGAUUCUUCUACUCGCCGUUGUGUUAAAACAAGGCGCAUCCAUUCACUACACACGCGUGAUAAGAAUCAAAAGUGGUCCAAUACGAGGUAUUGUCAGUCAGCUCAAUACCGGUGGUGCCAUCAGAAAAUAUCUCGGUAUACCUUUCGCUAAAGCAGAGCGUUUUGGURAACCYACGGACCCAGAMCCCUGGACUGACCUCAAAGAUGCAACCACUAACGGAAARAUGUGUCCACAGGAAGAACUGUAUGGGCGAAAAUUCGAUGAUAUGAGUGAAGAUUGCUUGAAUUUGAAYGURUUUGUYCCUGAAGGAGCUGGHUCUUCACUGCCUGUAAUGGUAUGGAUUCACGGAGGAGCGUUUCGAGUUGGCACUAAUUAUGAAGAUGGCAAUUAUCUAGCGUCACUUGGUGUGGUCAUUGUAGUAACUAUCAACUACAGACUCAAUAUAUUUGGGUUCUUGGCAACGAGUAAAGAUGGCGAUCUCACGGGAAACUAUGGAUUGCUGGAUCAGGUGAAGGCACUGACUUGGGUCCAAAACAACAUAGGAAAAUUUGGCGGUAAUCGUAACAAGGUGACCAUAUUUGGCGUGUCUGCUGGGGGUGCUAGUGUAUGUCAUUUGGUUCUAUCACCUAUGGCUGAAGGUCUUUUCCAGAACGCCAUUCCACAGGCUGGUGAUGCUACUGCAGAAUGGUCAUAUAACACUUAUAGCGUGGCUUUACAAAUAGCAAAGAUGGUUGGGAAAGCCCUCGGGUGUGAAAGCAUAGACAGUUUGGCAGACUGUUUGAAGACCAAGAGUUGUAAAGAACUUCUUAGAGGAACUGAUGUCAUAAGAAAAACCACUCUUUCUUUCGCUCCAGUCGUAGGAGGGUCACUUUUACCGGCAGACACUCCAGAAGCUUUGCUUUCCAGCAGAAACAUCAGUGUUAAUAUUCUAAUAGGAUUUAACAACAACGAAGGAACCGCUCCAACCAAUGCAGUCCAAGGUGUAGCAAUGAUCUUUAACGUCACUGAUGGAUUCGAGAGAUCGCUCUUUGAAUCAUUGCYACGAAAAGGGUAUCUAAACUGGAUUGUACGAGGUCAAAACAAGGUUAUCAACGAAGCCAUUCUCUACCGCUACACGGACUGGGACAACGUUACAGAUCG